CUUCAUUUUUCAUUUUAUUAAGGGAGAGGCUAUGUGUGUUUCCACGCGUGGGAACCAUGUAGGAGCAUCUGGGCUUGUGAGUGCAUGCGAGCGAAGGUCACUGGCCGAAUAAAGCCGACCCCAAAUUUAUGUGCUUCUUUUUCGCGGCAGUCCCCGUUUCUGGCUCUGCUUUGGGCGUCACUGCGGUGUUCUGGAGAGGUUGGGUGUCCGUUCCCAUUUCGUGUUUUUGCAUUUCUACGCGUGUCUCCGUGAUGCUACAAUUUCGGGCACCCGUUCGUGCCGGGUCCUCGACAUUGCAUGUUAGACUGAGACCGACAGAUAGGCCAUGAAACCACGCUUGUCGACACCUUGACUCUGCCGUAUACAGCGACAUAUCAGGUACGGGAAAGGGUGGCUCCAUACAUUCCCUUGAAUGCCCCCAAGUUUUACUGGUUUCUCCUCACUGGUCGACAGCCCCUGGGCAGAGAAAAAAAACAAUGCGUGUAUCUGGUUUAACAGUGGCUGCCCCUGCCGCCACGCCGGGGCAGCUUGUGGCUGGAGCAGUGACACUACGGGGUUUGUGGAGAUGGAAAGCCCCAACCCAGACUCCACGUACCGACUUAACGUGUUCUGGCAUUUUCAACUCUCGCCUUUGUCACUUCGUUUGUAAGGAGCGCGAAUCCGGUUUCCAUCCAAGGCGUUCUCUCCAUGUGGUUCGCGCUUUGCUUCAUGCGGGAUGUACCUCGUCUGUCUCCGCUUCCCUCUCGUCUCGUUCGUACUCGACUACAAACUCUUCACCGAGCGGACCAGAUUUUCCUACAUCUUCGCCUUCUGCGUCUGUUUAUGCGUCCGCUCUUCCUGCUUCGUCCCGUCUUUCUUUUCGCUGGUUCUGGCGCCUUCUCCCUCUGGCCUUCCCGAUCGUCGGCUUCGGGUACUACUGGGAGCAGCGUCGAUGGCGUAUGUACACCGAAGGGCUGCCGGCGCUGCGGUCGCGUUUCCAAGGUGACACGCCAUUCUACGGCAAGCUUUGGGGCAACACAACAGACUAUUUCCUAGAAACGAGUUUCGCAGAUGGCGACCUGGUUUUCUUCUCCCGCGAUCCUCGCAGCUUGUGUUUUUCGCGCGCGGUCGCGCGUGCCUUUUCGAGAUUUUUCCUCUUUCUUCUGGCGGGCGGGGCGACGAACAGAGCGCAGCACGCUGGGACGGGCGGAGGUAUGUUUGUCGACGACAUCGGCGUGGUGUAUGUGGAAAACGGCCAGCGGUACGUCGUGAGUGUGUCGGCAGAGAAGAGGGGACUGGAGAAGAUCAAGUACGCAGACAAAAUUGCAGAGAGUUUCCCAGAAACCAUUCUCGUCAGGCGUCUGCGGUGUUCCCCGGCCGUCCGCGAAAAACUCCACCGCGUCAUCGAAGAGGCUCUUUGCCAGUCAGAAUGCCCCUUGGAUGAAGGCACAGAGCCGCCAAGUUCCGUUUGUUCGUCCCCACACUCGGCGCUGCCACAACUGAAUUUCCGCAACUCCUGCGUUUCAGUGUGGAGUUCAUUCUGGACCGAAAUCCAGCGAAGACGGGCGGCGAGUGCGGACGCGUUUCGCCUGUUGACAGCGCAAGCGUUCUGGACGGCGAAGCGCCACACUGCGAGGUUGCUAGACAGGCGCCUUGAGGACUUGCUGCGCGAAGUCGAGAGCGUGGCGCCCGCAAACGUGAUGGAACAAGCCAGAGCAAAGACGCUCGCGCUGCUUUCAGAGAACGGGACUGAGAAGGAAAUGGACCAGAACUCGGAGGGGUCCGCGGCUGGAACUCCAGAAAGACUUGCUUCUGCAGACGAGCGUGUGCAAACCCCCUCGAGCGGAAAAGCCACAGAAAGCCCCGAGAACGGGGGGAAAACCUCUGACGAAGCGCCCAGAAAUCCCCAGGACCCUGCCGACAUCGUUGCAGAUCUCCUCGCGCUGAGCGGCUUCGCGCACCAGGCUGUCAAGAGAAUCGAUAACGUGUUCCAAGACGGCGAGGCAGCCCGGCCUCCCUCGCCCGCUCCGAAGAAACGCGGCUCUCGACUGCCAAUUGCUGAGUUUCCAGUUGCAAUUUACCAAGCUGCUCAGCUGCUGCCACCGACGCCUGCUUCGUCGGCGUGGACUCCGGAGGACCUUUUGGGAAUCGACACUCUGUUCCAGCCUCGCGAUUUGCCGGCAUUAUCCGCGGCUGUCACCGAAGUUACAGAGGCCAGGGGUGGCGAGGAACGUGAGACGCCAGAAAAAGCCGCGAAGCGACGCCGCUCCGAUUUAGCAAGGCAAGCGGCUCUGGAACUGGCGUCUUUGGCGCCCCAGCUGGCACCGAUUUUGUAUGUGCGAGAGGAAAAGGGCGAGAGGAACUGUGGAGCACGAAAAAACAUGCCGGGUCUAAUCCGACAGAGAGAGAGGACCGGCCGAAAUGCAGCCGCCAGUGGAGUUACGGCGACAGGGACCCAAGCGUAGGUUUUGGAGUUACGACGGUGGCGUAAUUGAAAUUGUUUUCUGUUUGUUGACUUCGGGGGUUAUCGGCCGCCAGUGACGCAGUCAAGACCAAAAUAUACUGCGUUGCCUUCUGGGAGCUGUCUCCAACUGUGCAGUUUUCGGUUCAGCAGUAUUCUCGCUGACUUCAGCGACGCUCGCUUCUAUUGGAACGCCUAAACUGGUGCCUGUCAUUUCAUUUGCCACACGAGUUUUCCCUCUGGAGGUCCUGCAGCCGCGAUUGUGUCCCCCGGACGGAGGCUUCAGGGUUUUUUGCGUUGGCAGAUGCGUUGCAUGCAAACACCUUUAAUUGGAGAGGUCCCUGCAUUGUUAGUUAUUCAGUUUGUGGCUUCCGGUGCCAGUAUUUCCAGAUUAAAGGGAAGCUAGUGUUUGCGGUUCACCUCUUAGGUACAGCUCCACGUAGCGGAUCGUUUGUACAGAGAUUGCAUCUACUGAUAAUGUGUUAUUUCCAAUCAAAGGACAGCUUACCGUUUCUCACAUACUCAAUGGAUACCACUAUGCGAGCGGGCGGUACCCACAUGGACCAUUAUUCUAGAAAUCACCGGCCUGACAGUGAUGUCUUGUAUUGCUGAAAUGAAACGACUAUUGCAUCCCACGAUUCCUCUGUGUGAUGUGAAUCUUGUACCACUUGCCUCUUUGCAACGUUUAGGUGCGUGUGAGUUUCGGUAAACCCGUUGCCUCCCUUAAUGCCGUUGAGACCGUUCCGCUUAGCUAUCGACUCGGGGUAGCCAGCUGAGAUUCACUGCAAAUGUUGUCGCUUGUGAACACAGCACCACCUCCCCCAGAGAGGUUGAAGACAAUGCGGCAUCCUCGGUUGUUCGUGUACAGCGUUACAGUGUAGCACAGCUCUU